AAGCGACAAAUAUAGAGGACGGACACACCCAGCUCUAGCAUUUCUGCUUCAGGCGUCUUAAUAAACGCCAUUUCUCUUUUUGUGAAGCUAUUAUCGUUUUCCUCCCUGCGAAAAUGAGAGAGUGCAUUUCGAUCCACAUUGGCCAGGCCGGUAUUCAGGUCGGAAACGCUUGCUGGGAACUUUACUGCCUCGAGCACGGCAUUCAGCCUGAUGGCCAGAUGCCGAGUGAUAAGACCGUUGGUGGAGGUGAUGAUGCCUUCAAUACCUUCUUCAGUGAGACUGGUGCUGGAAAGCAUGUUCCACGGGCUGUUUUUGUUGAUCUAGAGCCCACCGUUAUCGAUGAAGUUAGGACUGGGACAUAUCGCCAGCUUUUCCACCCUGAACAACUCAUUAGUGGCAAGGAAGAUGCAGCUAACAACUUUGCACGUGGCCACUAUACUAUUGGAAAGGAGAUCGUUGACCUUUGCUUGGAUCGUAUCCGAAAGCUUGCUGACAACUGCACUGGCCUUCAAGGGUUCUUGGUGUUCAAUGCUGUUGGUGGAGGCACUGGAUCAGGUCUUGGCUCCCUUCUGUUGGAACGUCUGUCAGUGGAUUAUGGCAAGAAAUCCAAGCUAGGGUUUACUGUCUAUCCCUCACCACAGGUUUCAACAUCUGUUGUUGAACCAUACAACAGUGUCCUUUCAACCCACUCCCUUCUGGAGCACACUGAUGUUGCUGUGCUGCUCGAUAAUGAGGCUAUAUAUGAUAUUUGCAGGCGCUCUCUUGACAUAGAGCGUCCUACCUAUACCAACCUUAACCGAUUGGUUUCUCAGGUGAUCUCUUCUCUGACUGCUUCUCUGAGAUUUGAUGGGGCCCUAAAUGUGGAUGUAACUGAAUUCCAGACUAACUUGGUGCCAUACCCCAGGAUUCACUUCAUGCUUUCAUCUUAUGCUCCUGUCAUUUCUGCUGAGAAGGCCUACCAUGAGCAGCUUUCAGUUGCGGAGAUCACCAACAGUGCUUUUGAGCCUUCUUCCAUGAUGGCCAAGUGCGAUCCUCGCCAUGGAAAAUACAUGGCUUGCUGCUUGAUGUACAGAGGUGAUGUGGUGCCUAAGGAUGUCAAUGCAGCAGUGGCAACCAUCAAGACUAAGCGCACCAUCCAAUUUGUUGACUGGUGCCCAACUGGCUUCAAAUGUGGUAUCAACUACCAACCACCAACUGUUGUUCCUGGUGGUGAUCUUGCCAAGGUGCAGAGGGCUGUGUGCAUGAUCUCAAAUUCCACCAGUGUUGCUGAGGUCUUCUCUAGAAUUGACCACAAGUUUGACCUCAUGUAUGCAAAGAGGGCAUUUGUGCAUUGGUAUGUUGGUGAGGGUAUGGAGGAAGGUGAGUUCUCUGAAGCUCGUGAAGAUCUCGCUGCUCUUGAGAAGGAUUAUGAGGAGGUUGGAGCUGAAUCCGCCGAGGGUGAUGAUGGUGAGGACGAGGAGUACUAAGGGGAUUUUGACUGUUAGUUUGCUUGCUAUUUCUCUAUCUCUCUGUCUCAUAUACUGUUAUUAUUUUUUAUACUGCUUUACGUGUUAUUAUCCUAAAGCUCCACCUAAGUGAUGGUUGCAUCUUGCAAUAGCUAAGAGGCCAUGUAUUAUGUCAUUUAUUGAAGCAACAGCAAAAGUUUUUGUUAUGAAUUUGCACCCCCUAUUAGAC